AUGGCAGACAGAGCAUCCAAAACCCCCGAAGGCGGUGCCUCUCUCAUGGUAGCCUACAGACUCCUGAACAAACGGGUCCUGAUCAUCGGAGGCGGCAAAGAAGCUACUGGACGUACCUUCCUAGCUCUCGAUGCUGACGCUAUCGUAACAGUCCUCUGUCCAGCAAACGGCCUCUCUCCCGACGUGAAAAAGUAUCGUAUAGACACAAACCAAGUAACCUGGAUUGACGCCGAGUAUUCAGAGUCUAUAUUGGAUGUGUCGCCCGCAUGGGAUGUCGUGUUUGGAUGUAUUGAUGAAAUCGAGAUCAGUAAAGAGAUUGCGGUGCAUUGCAGGAAGAGGAAGAUACCUGUUAACUGUGCUGAUGUGCCAGAGGCGUGUGAUUUCUGGUUUAUGAGCCAGAUACGGCAGGGGCCUCUACAGAUUGGUGUAUCGACAAAUGGAUGUGGUCCACGUCUCGGUGUCCGCAUACGCAAACUAAUCGAAAAGGCAUUGCCAGCCGAUAUGGGAAGUGCUGUCGCAACAGUAGGUAAACUACGAUCUCGGGUACGAGGACUCGAAACUCCUCAUGGUCUUCCAUCCGAACUGGAAUCUAUAGAAUACCGUAUGAAGUGGAUGUCACGACUGUGUGAUGCACUGUCGUUUGAAGAGUUGGGCAAGAUGAGUGAAGUGGAUAUUGAACGUGUGGUUGCUAAAUAUGAAGAUGAGGCUGCUGCCAAAUCAUUUGCAAAGGCAUCAGCAUCUGUAGCAGCAGCAGGUACAGUACCAGGUGCUAAAACUACAGGACAAGUAGUACAAUCAGUCUCAACACCAUUCACAGAUCUCUUAUCGGGUAUCGCAAUAACGUUUGCAACCGUCACGGGAAGCAUACAUAAUGUAUCCGACUAUGUAUCUACAUAUACAGAAGCCCUUUACGCAACCUUUAUAGCACCAGUCACAGACAUCACUUCCACCUAUACAUCCGCCAUAUCCUCACACAUGCCAAAAGUCAACGUUAUAAACCCACUCACAUACCUGCCCACAUCUAUAAUCCCACGAAUAGCAUACCACCGUCGCACCACGCCCCGUAUAGUACUCGUCGGCUCCGGACUGGGUGACCCGACUCUCCUAACAGUUAAAUCAGUAACAGCACUCCAAACCGCCGACCUCGUAAUCUCAGACCAACUCGUCCCCGCCGGUAUACUAGACUUGAUCCCCUCACACGUCGAGCUCCGCACAGUGCCCCGCAAAGCACGAGGUAAAUCCGAUCUCGCACAGAACGAUGCAAACGACUGGCUCCUCGCUGCAGCACGCGACAACAAAUUCGUCGUGCGCUUGAAGGGAGGCGAUCCAUUCCUAUUCGGUCGUGGCGGUGAAGAAACGCUAUGGCUCGAAUCCUAUGGAUAUAAAGUCGAAUACAUACCAGGCAUAUCAUCUUGUAUUGCUGGACCCGGUGUCGCUGGAAUCCCAGUCACGCAUCGUGGAGUCGCUGAUCAGCUACUCGUGUUAACUGCGCGUGGCGAGGGCGGCAGUAUCCCCAACAUACCGUUAUAUGAAGCCAAGAGAACAACAGUGUUUUUGAUGGCUGUUGCAAAGAUGGGGGAAAUGAUUGGUAUUAUGGAGGAGAAGGGGUAUCCCAUGUCUACGCCUGCUGCUGUCAUUGAAAAGGCUGGGUGGGACGAUCAGAGGGUUGUUGAUGGCACGCUGGCUGAUAUAUUGGGUGUUGCCACUGAGUCCAAGAUUGGUAGUCCGUCAGUGUUUGUGGUUGGUGGUGUUGUGGAUGUGUUGAGGAAGGGGAGGGAGGAGAGGUUGGCGACGAAGAGGCCAGUUGGGAGUUAUGAGGAGUAA